GAGUGGGACAGGCGACUUAGAGGAGGAGGAAAGGAAAGUAGGAGAGCCAUGUAUAUAUGGAGCUGUGACUCUGCCAGAUGCAGACAAAGACAAGGGGAGCUUUUGGAGUGAAAGAGUGCCGGUACAGACACCAAGAAACCACCAUGAGCAAGACAGCACUGCUGCCCGUGCUCAUGCUAAGUGUCCUGUGUGCGGUCGCCCUGAAGCAGGGCGAGGUGGAAGCCAUCAAGCUGUGUGGCCGCGAGUUCAUCCGCGCCAUUGUCUAUACCUGUGGUGGAUCCAGGUGGAGGAGGAUUCUCAAUGAACCAGCCCUACAAGGAGUGGGCAGCUUUGAGUACCUCGGCACCAGUGUGGCAGUUCCUCAGCACAGACGAGACCUGAAUGAAAAGCUGACAAUCAUGUGCUGUCAGGUGGGCUGCAGAAAGAGUGACCUGGCCUCCUUCUGCUGAGGCACCACACCGACCAGUGUCUACUUCCACAGACUCUCUCCCCGGGCUGCAAAACUACGUCUUUCCAUAAUAAAUUUAAAAAAUCAAUAGAAAUAUGCUUAUCGUCAGUGUCAGACUUGCUGAUGUCCACAGCAUCAGCAGUGAUGCCAACUCUGCAUUACUAAAACACAAAAAUACAAAGUGAAAAUACCUUAGAUGGGGCACAUUGAUAAUUUAGCAGUUUAGCCUUUUUUUUUACUUGAAUCUUCUAUAUGCAAUCUACCUUCCCUGCAUUUUUAUUUGUUUUGAAAUCUGUCCCUCACAGAUGAAGGUGAAUUGUUCAAUUCACAAUUCACAGCAAUGGCCUUAACUGUGCAAAAAUAAUGUUUUAUCCAUUUUAUGGUAGCACUUCAAUAAGCAAGCUCACUUAUUCAUGUUCAGAAGAUUUCCUUCAUUACUACCCUGUAUAUUUAGGGGACUAACCAAGGCAAUCUAUUGUAUUAUUAUUAUUAUUAUUAUUAUUAUUAUUACGUUUGCUGCACAAAACAUGCUGUAGUAAGCCAAUGAAUAUGAAGCUUAAAGCUUAAAAAUUCACAUUAAGUCAUUGCUACUCUUCCGAGAUUUUAUACUUGCAGCAGUGACCA